AUGAAUGAAGACAUGAGUGAAGACAGCAAUGGUUUGAAUUUGUGGUCAAUUAUCAACGGAGCGAAAGAUAGUUUUCAGGAACCGAUUGAAACAAUGAAGAGUUUAAUGGAUGUUAAGAAACAUACGUUUGUGAAGAUUACACCAAAUCCCUCGACAUCUCAAUCCUUACCACAAGAGAUGGUAAACGAAGAGAUUAUUGAUAUCAGUAAUGAAGACUCGACGCCAUUGACGAGACAGGCAUUGAUGUGUCGGCCAAAUGCGGGCCAAAAGACAUUCAAACCUUUACUAUUGUCUUCUCCGAAGUCUCAAGAGAUGGACAACAAAGAGAUGAUUAGAAAGAGAGCCAAAGAAUUGGUCCAAAAAAUGGAAACACAAAAGCGUUUGAGGAAAAGGAUUGUCAAACAUAGCGGCGAAGACUCGGCGAAGAAAAUGCCAUCAAAUGAAAGGAUAUGUCCGCUCGAUAUCAAUGAAAGGAAACAAUGUUUUAAUUUGAAGUCAAAGACAUUUAUUUGUCCCAUAAAUGAGUGCCACAAGAGUUGCCGAACAGACACUUCAUUUCGGAAACAUUUGAAAGUAUAUCACAUCGAAAGACAAUUUGUGUGCGAUUUUGAAGGCUGUGGUAAAGCCUUUACUUAUAAACAUCUUUUAACACAACAUUCACUCAUUCAUAAGACAAUUAAACCGUUUAAAUGUGAUUUCAAUGGCUGUCAAUAUCGAGGCGUUGAUCGACAAUAUUUGAGACAACACUUGAAGACACACUUAACGGACAGAGUAUUUAAAUGUGAUGUCAGCGGCUGUGGGAAGACAUUUAAGGGCAGCUCUCAUCUAUCGGUACACCAGAGGACACAUAACACCGAACCGACGUUUAAGUGCGGGACCGACGGCUGUAAUGAUAUGUUUCAUAGCGCGCAUCUACGGACCAAACAUCAGGUUAUGGUUCAUAACCGACAGCCUUAUAAUAAUCGGGUUUAUAAAUACCGGUGUCAAUGGCCCGGAUGUGAUUGGUUGGGACACGACGUGAAUAAACACCAGCGCAUACAUACGGGUGAUAAGCCGUUCGCCUGUGUUUGGCCCGAUUGUGGCAAACGGUUUAGAGUUAAGGAUAAACUUAAAGACCACAUGAAUAUUCACAAUAAUGUUAAACCUUAUGCCUGUCAUUGGCCCGGAUGUCAGUACACGUCCGCCAGUAGUCCUAAUGUUAUCAAACACGCAAAACAAGUCCAUAAA